UGUUUAGACUUUGGAGGCUUGGAGGCACUCUUCAGCUGUAGUUGUCUCCGCACUCACUAGUUACAAGUAGUGAACUAGUGACUCUCACUGUCUCACAAAUCAUAUUGUAAAACUCUUCAGUUAUUUUUGCGUAUUCACUCCAUCUCCAUUUGAUAACUUGGAGUUUCCCAUUUGCUCCCUUUCCUCCCAGAUUACGCAAUUUUCUGGAGCUCUCUUAGUUUGAACGACUUUUACGGAAUCAACUUACAGUAGCAGUAUCAUCCAGCAAUGGUUUUAGGUCUCAGGAGCAAGAUUAGGAGUGGUCCUAGUACUCAGGUUGAGUAUACGAUUCAUGUCCAAGAUAUUAAACCUUGGCCUCCAACACAAUCACUAAAAUCUGUUCGUUCUGUAUUGAUUCAAUGGGAAAAUGGUGAACGCAAUUCUGGGUCUACAAGCUCAGUGGCUCCUUCUUUAGAGGAUGGAAUGAUCACUUUCAAUGAAUCUUUUAAAAUUUCGAUCACUCUGUCAAAGGAUAUGUCGGUCAAAAGUGGUGAUACAGAUGUAUUUCACAAGAACUUGUUAGAAUUCAACUUGUACGAACCUCGUAGGGAUAAGACGGUGAAAGGACAGUUGCUGGGGACGGCGAUUAUUGACUUGGCAGACUACGGUGUUAUCAGAGAGAUAAUGAGUGUAAGCGCUCCCAUGAACUGUACCCGGAGCUUCAGGAACACAGCGCAGCCAAUUUUAUACCUUAGAAUCCAGGCCAAUGAUAAGGUUCGCUCAGGCACAUCAUUGAGGGGUAGACUAGCCAAGGAAACAUCACUUGACAAGAAUGAUGAGGACUCAGUCUCAGCAUUAAUGAAUGAGGAAUAUGCCGACGAAGCAGAGGUUGCUUCCUUGACUGAUGAUGAUAUUUCGUCACACUCCUCACUGACUGUGGCUACUUCAUCAACUCUUGAGUCCAAUGGAGCUUCACCUUCACAAAACAAGGAGAAUGGCUCAGAAAGGGGAAAAUGUCAUACAGACACCCCUAAAUUGGACUCAGAGCUGAGCUUGAAAAAAGUAUCUUCUUCAUCAUCCCAAGUUCAUGAAAUCAGCCAACAUUUGAAAGAGGUUGCUAGUCUUAAAGGUCAAGUUCUUGCUGCGUCCAUAUCAGGUGAAGAUCUAGCCAUCUCUACUGCCAAAGCCAUUCCAGUGGGAACUUCUAGGAAACUCAACUCUGAGCAUAAUAUUCAGCUUCAAGAAACAAGGGGAAGAGAGAAAGAAGCGGAGAUAUCUGAAAGAAACAGUUUUGUAGAGGUUGCUGCCACAGUCGAUUUUGAUGAUGCAGAGGUCCAAGAUGGAGACAAGGUUAGAAUACAUGAUCAGACAGAGAAAAUGCUGGAAGAGGUAAAACAUGUAGUAGGGAAUUCAUCAUCAAAUAAACUUUUAGUGGAUGCUAUUGAAAAUCAAGUAUUGUCUGGAAGUGGUUCCCUUCUUCUUAAGGAUAGAGUUAGGCAUGUGAAAUCUGUUCGAUCCCCCAUAGAAUCUGGAAGCAAUGGCUCUGCAGGAGGACUCUCUGCGAAUAAUUCCAGGCUGGAGGCCUAUGUAAUUGAAAAAAUACGUACCUCUUCUGAUAGCAAAACCCAGGGACUAGAACAAAGAAUAGAGAUACUAGAGAGAGAGUUGAGAGAAGCUGCUGCUCUUGAGGUUGCUCUUUAUUCAGUGGUUGCAGAGCAUGGAAGUUCCACUAAUAAGGUUCAUGCUCCAGCAAGACGCCUUUCUAGAUUGUUUCUUCGAGCUGGCAAAGGAAUGAAGAGAACAAGUGCAGCUCAAAGUAUAGUUUCUGGAUUAAUUGUUGUAGCAAAAGCUUGUGGAAAUGAUGUUCCUAGGUUGACCUUCUGGUUGUCAAAUUGUGUUGUGCUCAGAGCAAUUCUUUGUGAGGCCUUUGCAGAGGACCAGUUGCCAGUAUCUGCUAGCUCUUUAGUAGAAAGGAAUGGAGCUGGGAAAAGAAAUCAGAAAAUAUCAGAACUCAAGUGGAAGGUUUCCUUUUCUGACAAGCAAGCUUAUAGAAGUGCUGUAGAUGGAAGUUUUGAAGAUUUGGAAGAUUCACAUGCAUUUAUGUCUGCAUUAGAAAAAGUUGAAUCUUGGAUCUUUUCACGAAUUGUAGAAUCUGUUUGGUGGCAGACAUUGACUCCACACAUGCAGUCCUCAGCUGCUCAGAUGAUUGAUAAAGUAGUGGAUUCCGGCUUUUGGAAAAAGAAUAGGAGGUCAACCUCUACUGGUGAUCAAGAGCAGGUCAACUUCUCAUUAGAACUUUGGAAGAAGGCGUUCAAGGAUGCCUGUGAGAGGCUUUGUCCUCUCCGAGCUGGAGGUCAUGAGUGUGGCUGUUUGCCGUUGCUCGCUAAAUUGAUAAUGGAGCAAUGUGUGGCAAGGUUGGAUGUAGCCAUGUUUAAUGCCAUUCUCCGAGAAUCUGCGGACGACAAUCCCACUGAUCCUGUAUCUGACCCUAUUAGUGAUGCCAAGGUUCUCCCAGUUCCGGCUGGGACAUCAAGCUUUGGAUCUGGUGCACGGCUUAAAAAUGCAAUUGGAAACUGGUCUAGAUGGUUGACUGAUCUGUUUGGCAUGGAUGAUGAUGAUCCACCUGAAGCUGAAAGGGAUGAUGAUGAAGACGAGGGGCUUAACUAUAAUUCAUCCUUCAAAUCUUUCUAUCUGCUUAAAUCGUUGAGUGAUCUAAUGAUGCUUCCGAAAGAUUUGCUACUGAGUGAGUCAGUGCGAAGAGAGGUUUGUUAUUUUACACUUUUUAAUAAACUGUGGUAUUCUUUCAAUAAAGCUCUGCCAUCCUGGGAAUCUUUAUUUUUUCAGGUAUGCCCUGCAUUUGGUGCCCAACUCAUUCAAAGGGUUCUUAAAUUUUUUGUGCCUGAUGAGUUCUGCUCAGAUCCAAUUCCAGAUGGUGUCUUUGAAGCCCUUGAGACUGAGAACGUCUGUGCUGAAGGUGUAGGAUCUAUCACGAACUGUCCCUGCACAGCACCUGCAGUAUUCUACUCUCCUCCAUCACCAUCUUCCUUGGCCAGCGUGAUUGGGUUACGUUUGGGGACAGGAAGCCCAUCCCAGUUAAGAAGAAGUGGAUCGGUGCUGAGAAGGUCAAACACUAGUGAUGAUGAGUUAGAUGAACUGAAUUCACCACUCCAUGCCAUUCUCAAUGAGGGUAUCCAGGCAUUGCCUGCUCAAGUGAAACAAAAUUGGAAAUUGGUGGAAAAUCACCGGAAACAUGUGCUCCGAUACCAACUUCUCCGUGAAGUUUGGGAUGGAGUAGAAUCUUAACAGUAUAUUUGUGCAUAUAUUUGUAUAGAUGUAUGUAGUGUAAUCAGUAAUUUAGUAAGAUUCCUUUCCUCUCCACUUGUAGAUGUAUACCUGUUGUGACCACUUGAAUGACACGAAGGGGCUGUAUAAAUCAUGGAUAUAGUAUUUUCUUCCAGUUCUUAUCA